AUGCGGCGGAAGAUCAAGGCCCUCGUAAUUCGGUACGGCAUUCCGGCCAUUUGGUUCACGCUGAACCCAAAUGAUAUCACGAACCCAGUCAAGCUCAGGCUCGCGGCACACCGCUUCCGGGACCCGGACGAGGCCGAGGCCUUCUUAACGAGUCUCGACCUGGCAUACAAGCGGGCGAGGCUGGCGAUUUCGGACCCUCUCAGCUCGGCAAUUUUCUUCCACAGGGAGAUCGAGAUGUUCUUCAAGUACUAUGUGAGGACAGGGGAGGACUCGGUGUUCGGGCGUAUCAGUCAAUACUUUGGAGCUGUGGAGACCAACGAGCGCGGCGCGCUCCACCUCCACGGCAUUCUCUGGCUUCAAGGGAACAUGCAUCUGAGCUCCAUCCUCAAAGAUGUGCAGGGGGAGGACCAGGCAACAUAUCGUGAUCGGGUGAUCCAGUACGUAGACAGCGUCUUCGCGGAGUCGUUUAACACGGGGCAAACGAUGCAGGACCUCGACCAAGCGGCAUCCGCGGCAGUUCAGGCGGAGAGGUCUGUGACGUCAGAUAUAUCAUGGAUGUUGCAGAACAGCCACCAAUUUGCCGCAGCGUUCGACGAGGAGGCAAAUUUCUGCGCCGGCGCCACCCAGAUACACACCCACAGCCCGACUUGUGUGAAGUAUUCCAUUAAGAAACAAGGGAGGAAGCGUAACCUCUGUCGGUUCAAAGCGCCUUGGAGACUUGUUGAGAAGACUGCGUUUACGGAAGACGGAGUGUUGCGGAUUCGACGCAGGCACGAAUGGGUAAAUCGUUGGAACAAGGCGAUAGCUGUAGGGCUGCGGCACAACCAUGACAUAUCGUUCAUCGCGACCCAGUGUAAGACCUUGGCCAUAGUCUACUACGUGACGAACUAUGCAACCAAAGUGGAGGAUCCCGUAUGGAAGCGUGUGGCAGCUGCGGCAGACGUAUUCCGCGUUCUGAAGGACUCGACAAAGGGGUCUCAGGCGGGUGUCGCGCAGGUUGCUAGCGAGGAUGACAGUCGUCAGAACAAGACGCGGCAGUUCUUGAUGAGGGUUGCGAACCGGAUAUUCACGGAGCGGCCCUUGUCGCAGGUAGAGGUCGUCGCCAAUUUGCUGGGCUACCCUACCGAGUUUGCAAACAAUGACGCAUGGACGUUUUUAAAUGCAUCUUCCCUCUACUGGCACAUCUUCCGACGGUGGAGCCACCUGCGAAGCGCGAGUGGUAUGGAGCAUGUGGACGAGCCUAUGGACGAGACGGUCCUUCUGGAGGAAGCUGGGGAGAGGGUCUCCUUUGUGCAGGCAUACCCGCACCGUGGCAGACUUCUGCAAGGCCUGUCACUGUACGACUAUAUGUCCUUGGUCAAACUGAAGCGGAAGGGCAAGAGGGCAGCUACUUGGGGCGAGCUGGAGUUUGACAGUGUCUGGCCGCUCUCGCAGAUGUGGGUGCAGGCAUUGCGGAGGCCGGGUAGGCAUGCCGUCGUCUGUCUGGACGGCUACCUCUGCAUGGAUUUUGGCGAGGAAGAGGAGCUCUAUCACAGGAGGGCGGCCGUACAACAUCUGGCCAUCUUUGUCCCGUGGGAGUCGUUCUUGUCCGAGACGUCAGGCGAUAUCAAUACCAUUUGGGAGAGACAAAAACAGGGUCUGGCUCGCAGGGUGUCAUUUCUUGUAGACAACGUUCAACUACUCCGCCGGUCCGCCGAAGACGUGAAGCGAGAUGCCAGACAGUGGGCCGCCAUGUCCGGAGAGACAGAUCCUAUGGCUGACGUGACCGAGUCGGGCAUGGCUGAUGGCGAUGAUGAGCUGGGAAUAGGGUACCGGUCAGACAAUAUCGGCAAUGCAGUUCGCCUCAUUGACGUUUUCAGAAAUGCGGUAGGAAGUGGUCAGAUCACGACCGGAUCAAAAGAAAUCUCGACAAUGGUGCAGGAACUGUGCCGAUUUCAGGUAGCGUCCCUGUGCUCGACGGAUGAUCUGCGUGCCACGGUGGUUAUAGAGCGAGGACCAAGAACACUCGGCCUCCGAGGACACCCGUCUUCGGGGGCAGAGAUCCCGAGACAGGAACAGGUCAGGUCUAUUAAAUCGCAGCAAAUAAGCGCGUCCAAGGAGAGGGAGAGGAUGAUCCAGGGGGUGCAGAGCCUGGGCAGCAACAACACGACCGGUCACAGUAGAGCUGCGUACAGUGUCCUUCACGGCUUCGGCGAGGACGACAUCUCCAUAACGGCCGCAGACUCGGAGACUGUCGCCGGGGCCACAGGCCCGUCAACGAGCAUCGGGUUUGGGCCGGCCACGUCGUUUCUGGAGGCAGGGAGGCAGCUCGCCGUGUCCUUCACGCUCAACCAAAGACAGAGCAUUGCCCUCCGACUGAUAUGCCGUCAAUUGGACCGAGUGCGUCGCGAUGAGCGAGGUACUCCCCAGCUCUGCCAAUUUGUCGGAGGCGAAGGCGGCACUGGAAAGUCGCGGGUCAUCGAAGCUAUCGCCGCGCUGUUUGCAAGCAAAGGAAUAUCGCAUCGUCUGCUGGUAACGGCGACAUCAGGCACAGCAGCAGCACAGAUCAAUGGUAUUACUAUCCACUCCGCGUGCAAUUUGUCCAAAGGCAUCUUGCGAACAAGUCUAUAUACGCACGUCGACGGGAUUCGUUCUUCCAGCUCGGGUGACCUGUACAUCGAUGGCCAGGCCAGGAUGGACUGGCAGGAGAAAUGGCUGCUGAUCGUUGACGAGGUCAGCAUGCUUGGUGCGCGGACGUUACACGCCGCGAACGAGCAGCUGUGCAAGCUUCGGGGUUGCACGGAAGAGUUUGGCGGGAUUCCCAUUGUUGUCUUCUGUGGCGACUUCCACCAGUUCCGCCCCGUUCAAGAGAGGUCGAUUCUCCUCCCAAGCGCUGCCAUUCCGUGGGACGAAGAGAGAACGUUCAGGACGGAACAGAGAUACCAGCACGACAAGGCGCAUGCUCUGUGGAAGAAGUUUACCACCGUAGUCAUGUUGAAUGAACAAGUCCGUGCUGCUGGGGAUCCACGGCUGCGCGGGCUGCUAACGCGGAUCCGGGAAGGCAUACAAGACCAGACCGAUGUGGAUCUCCUGAACAGGACGUGUUAUCAGGAAGGCAGACGGAUCCCGUGGGAGUCGGGCAUUACAGUAGUAACGCCGCUGAACAAGAACCGGUGGAAUUUGAACGUCGAGGCCGUGUUGUCUUUUCAGAAGCAACGGCAGGCACCGAUGCGAAUCUUCAUUUCCGAGCACAAGUGGAAAGAUGGGCAACCUACAGAGGAGGAGGCUCUCAUGAUGAUGGGCUACGGUGACGACAGCGCGAUACCGGUUCCUGCGAUCUUCAUGUUCGUCCCCGGCAUGGCUGUCGUCGUGAACCAGAACACCCAUCAAGGCCUGAAAGUAGUCAACGGAUCCAGAUAUGUGGCAUUAGAUGUCAUUCUGGACAAGAAGUACCCAGGCUAUCGCAUCUCCCGUGAUACCACCCUCCACUUUGGCCCCCCGGCCGGGGUCCUGCUAGCCUCCGAGUCAACAAGAGACUUGCACUUCGUAGGCAUGCCACCCGGAACCGUCCUUCUUGCACCCAUCAGCACAAAGAUAGAGUGUCAGAGCAAGCGGCCAUGGCAACAAUGCGACGUUACUCGUCGGGGAUUACCCUGCGCAGCCGCGUUCGCAUGCACCGACUAUAAGGUGCAAAGUAGGACGUUAGACCAGGUGGCACUGGAAUUGCGGGGGACUCGGACGACGAAUAUCGACGGGAAGGCUGUUCCGGCGCAGUGCGACCCGUACAGCUUGUACGUGCAGCUGUCACGGAGCCGAUCGCUAAAGGGCAUAAUGCUUCUGUCCAAGGCACGAGGGAAGGAUUUCAUAGGCAACAAAGUGCCGGACAACAUGGUCGCUGCGGAGCAAGAGCUGGAAGUGCUAAGCGAGACGACAAUUAAGGAGGCAGAAUGCUGGGACUGGACAGAAUAA